AUGCCCCGUCGACCUCCGUCGUUGGAAUCCGUGGGUUCUGUGGGCUCCCCCAUUGACCCGAAGCUUAGGAAAAAGGUCGCCGUCGUCGGCAGUGGAUGUGCCGGCAUUGCUGCCCUCUGGGCGUUGAAUCGAAGUUAUCAUGAUGUCUACAUGUAUGAGGCCGCGUCGAGGCUCGGUGGACACACGAAUACCGUAACUUGGAAGAAUGGAAAGUACGAGACGAGGGUCGACACGGGAUUCAUCGUCCUCAACGCGGCGACGUACCCAAACUUCAUCAACUUCCUGAAGAGGGUCAAGGUGGAUACGGUCCCGACGGAGAUGACGUUCGGUGUAACGCGAGAUCACGGCUUAUUCGAAUGGGCCGGCACGAGCUUGGACGCCCUCUUUUCCCAGCGCAAGAACAUCUUUUCGCUGCGCAUGUGGAGGAUGAUCUUCGACAUCAUUCGCUUCAAUCAGUUUGCCCUGGACUUGUUGAUGGUCGAUGAUGAGAAUGAUGCCGCCGCAAUGAAUGGGUACAGCAAGGGAGCAAAGCGGGAGGAGACGAUUGGCGAAUACCUCGAUAGGGAAGGCUACUCGGACGCCUUCAGGGACGACUACCUUAUUCCCAUGACCGCUGCGGUGUGGAGCACGAGCCCAGACAAGUGUACACUCGAUUUCCCGGCUGUCACCCUCGUUCGUUUCAUGUGGAAUCACCAUCUCCUGUCAACCAUUUCGACCAGACCGCAGUGGCUCACCCUGAAGAAAUGUGGAAAGUCAUACAUUGACGCCGUGAUGCACGGGUUCCCUUCAAACCACCUCUUCCUUAACACGCAAGUUACCCAGGUCACGAGCGAGGAGGACGGCAGAGUACGAGUCCACACCCACAACGGAAAGUCCGACGUAUACGACCAUGUCAUCUUGGCAACUCAUGGAGACCAGGCCCUCAGGAUAAUUGGGUCAUCCGCAACGCCAGAGGAGAAGGAGAUUCUGUCUGCGUUCAAGACGUCAGAGAACUCAGUCGUGCUGCACUCCGACCUCUCGCACAUGCCAGCCUCAGAGAAGGCCUGGUCGAGCUGGAACUACCUCACUCUCUCAUCACCCUCAACUGGGAAGCAGAAUAUUGACCAGGUCUCCUUGACGUACAACAUGAACAUUCUGCAGCAUAUCCCCCGCGAGACCUUCGGCGAUGUCCUCGUCACGAUGAACCCCCUGCACCAGCCGAACCCGGACACGAUCCAGGGCUCUUUCACUUACCGCCACCCCCUCUAUACCCCGGAGGCCGUUCGCGCACAGAAGCUCCUGCCACGCAUUCAGAACAAGCGUGGAAUCAGUUACGCCGGAGCGUGGACGAAGUACGGCUUUCACGAAGACGGCUUCAGCAGCGGUCUGCACAUUGCACAGGAUCACCUCUACGCGAAGCUGCCGUUCCAGUUUGUCGAUUCCACGUAUAGCCGAGGGAGGAAGCCCUCACUGGGACUUGCUGAUUUAUUUAGAUGGAACUGCUUCUUUUGCCAACACGCCCGCCCCUCCCCUCGAAACCUUGCCUCUCCCGCCGCCCGCCGCGCCGCAUCGACCACACCUUCGCCGAAGCAGCAAACCGGUCCUAGCUUCGGCGGCGCCCCGUCCAUGGAACAGGUGCAUGCGCAUUACAGACGGAAGAACGCUACGACAGCGUACUACACCCUCAGCGUCAUCCUUGGUACGGUCGCAUUGUCAUACGGUUCUGUACCUCUUUACAAGAUGAUCUGCCAAACAACAGGCUGGGGUGGCCAACCCAUCCGUGCCCACGGCCCCGACGUCGACUACAGCGAAGACGGCCUCGCCUCGCGCCUGGUCCCCGUGACCUCGGCCAACCGCAUCCGUGUCACAUUCAGCUCCUCCGUCUCCGACGUGCUCCCAUGGAAGUUCACGCCCCAGCAGAGGGAGGUGCGCGUGCUCCCCGGCGAGACGGCGCUGGCGUUUUACACCGCGACGAACACCUCCGACACGGACAUCAUCGGCGUGGCGACUUACAGCGUGACUCCUGGGCAGGUGGCGCCGUACUUUAGCAAGAUCCAAUGCUUUUGCUUUGAAGAGCAGCGGCUGAACGCGGGCGAGACGGUCGAUAUGCCCGUCUUCUUCUACCUUGAUCCGGAUAUCGUGAACGAUGUCAAUAUGCGCGGUAUCGAGACCGUGACGUUGAAUUAUACAUUCUUCAAGGCCAAGUACGACGACAAUGGCAGGUUCAAGGCACCUGUGCCGAUUGAGCAGAAGUAA